CCGAUUCAGUAGCCCCAGCAACUUCAGCAAGUCCUCAAGCAAAAUGUCGAAACGCGGCGCAGGUGCCUCUGGCAACAAGUUCCGGAUGACCUUGGGUCUCCCCACCGGUGCCGUGCUCAACUGCGCGGACAACAGCGGCGCCAAGUCGCUCUUCGUUAUCGAAGCGUUCGGCACCGGCUCACACCUCAACCGGCUCCCCGACGCUGGUGUCGGUGACAUGGUCGUCGCGUCCGUGAAGAAGGGAAAGCCUGAGCUCAGGAAGAAGACUAUGCCCGCUGUCGUCGUUCGCCAAAGGAAGGCAUGGCGCCGGCGAGACGGUGUUUUCCUCUACUUCGAGGAUAACGCUGGUGUUAUCGUCAACCCCAAGGGUGAGAUGAAGGGCUCUGCUAUCACUGGCCCCGUCGCAAAAGAAUGCGCGGACCUCUGGCCGCGUAUCGCUUCUAACGCAGGUACUGUCGUAUGAGACCGUUCUACUAUCGCUGCAUGUUUGUACUGUUUAUGGUUAUGACGCAACCAUGCUCUUUCUGCAUCUGAACGAAUGUGUAAAUUUGUUCGCAUAAGUCUAUGAACUUAGGAAAG